AUUGAGUCAACAAGUACUACAAAGACCGCCAAAGCCCGCCCCGCCCAACUCAUAAACGGCAAUAUGGCUGGUCUUCCAAAGCUGGAGAACUUCAUAGAUGGUCAGUUUCUAGCUACAGGCAGCUACAUAAAGAGCUAUGACCCGUCCACUGGAGAACAUUAUCUUAAUAUACCAGACAGCGGAGCCGAGGAGGUACAGAAAGCUGUAGAAGCAGCAAGGAAAGCUUUCAUAACCUGGUCAAAGACUCCUGGUAAAGAAAGAGCUCGCUUGAUGAAUGCAAUAGCUGAUGUUGUUGAAUCAAGAUUGGAUGAAUUCGCAGAAGCAGAGUCAAGAGACCAAGGAAAGCCAGUCUGGCUCGCCAAAGCAGUCGACAUACCACGUGUAUGUUACAAUAUGAGAGCAUUUGCAAGCGGAAUCAUGCAUCAAACUGGAAUUUCACUAGCUAUGCCUGAGGUUGAUUGUACUAAUUACACUUGUCAGCGGCCUGUGGGUGUGGCAGGGUUAAUAUCACCUUGGAAUCUCCCUCUUUAUUUAUUGACGUUUAAGCUAGCUCCAGCACUGGCAGCCGGCUGUACUGUUGUAUGCAAACCAAGCGAAAUGACGUCUAUGACUGCUUAUAUGCUUGCUAAAGUCAUGAAUGAAGUUGGCCUCCCAGCUGGUGUCUGUAAUAUUGUAUUUGGUACUGGGCCUAAAGCUGGUGAAGCUAUUGUCACUAAUCCUAAUGUUCCUGUCAUUUCAUUUACUGGUAGCACUGCAGUGGGGAAGAGGAUACAAGCACUCACUGCACCUUACGUCAAGAAACUCUCUCUUGAACUGGGUGGUAAGAAUGCUGGUAUUGUUUUUGCUGACGUUGACCUUGAGAAGUGUCUUCCUGUGAUGAUGCGCUCGAGUUUCAUCAACCAAGGAGAAGUCUGUCUGACCACUUCGCGCAUAUUUGUACAAGAACCAAUAUUUGAUGAGUUUGUGAAGAGAUUCGUCGAGAAAGCAAAGAGCAUUAAAGUUGGCGAUCCUACAGAUUCUAAUAACAUGUUGGGGGCGCUAAUAAGCAAAGAACAUUUAGCAAAAGUACAAUCUUACAUUGAUCUGGCUAAAGCUGAAGGAUGUACUAUUAACACUGGACUGGAGCCACUAGACCUACCAGAAAAGAACAAAAAUGGCUACUUCUUACGUCCCACUGUCAUCACCAACGUCCCUGAUACGAGCAGACUCAUGACUGAAGAGAUAUUUGGUCCAGUCGUUUGCAUUGUCCCUUUCAAAACUGAAGAAGAGGUAAUAGAGAGAGCCAAUUCUGUAGAUUACGGGCUCUGUGCUUCAAUUUGGACUGAAAACGUUCGUACGACACAUCGUGUUGCUCCACAACUACAAGUUGGUACAGUGUGGGUUAAUUGUUGGAUGGUUCGUCACUUGUGUCUUCCGUUUGGAGGCUGCAAGUUCUCUGGCGUAGGGAGAGAGGGAGUGAAGGAGUCUAUGGACCUCUACACUGACACUACCACCAUUUGUGUGAAAUACGAAUAAUGAAAUGGAACUUAAACUUUUUGUCAUUAUCAUUAUUAUUGCUUUACAUAUUAUCUUCUGUUUUAAACUUAUAAAAAUCCAGUUUGGGUAUUAAAUCAUGUA